UUCCAAAGUGAUCUUUAGAAACCUCUAAACGGUACCGUAUUGAUCCCUUGACCUCAGAUGGAUAUGCAUCCACAAGUGAGUGGUCAGAAUAAGAAGACAUCUAUAGUUAUUGUAACCCUAGACUCCAAUGAAGUCUACAUCAUAUCCACACUAUUCUCCAAACCUUACACACAAGUCAUCUACAUAGACCCCACCACUGGCUCCCUAAAGCCUAAUCUCGACACCUUCAAGUCAGAGCGUGAAGCUGUAGACUACAUCACAAAUGGAACAAGAGGAGCUUCUAGAAGCUUGGUUUACGCUAGAGCUAUACUCGGUUACGCUGUCUUGGGGAGCUUUGGGAUGCUUCUUGUUGCAACGAAAGUGAAUCAGAGUGUUCCUGAGUUGCCUGGUGGUGGUUGUGUGUACACUGUGGGGGAGAGUCAGUGGGUGAAAGUGGCGUUGCAUAAUCCUCAGGCUCAGGGGAAAGGUGAGGUUAAGAAUGUUGGGGAGUUGACGGAGAUUGAUAUUGAUGGGAAGCAUUAUUUUUGUGAGAGUAGGGAUAUCACUAGGCCGUUUCCGAGCCGUGUGGCGGUGGAGAGUCCUGAUGAUGAGUUUGUUUGGAAUAAAUGGUUGUCUUUGCCGUUUAAGAAUAUUGGGUUGGGUGAACAUUGUGUCAUUCUUCUGCAGGGGUUUGCAGAGUAUAGACCUUUUGGGAGUUCAGGUCAGUUAGAAGGGAUUGUUGCUCUAAUGGCUCGCCGAAGCAGGCUGCAUCCAGGGACUCGUUACUUAGCUAGGGGAAUAAAUUCAUGUUCUGGCACAGGUAACGAAGUUGAGUGUGAGCAGCUUGUAUGGACACCUAAAAAGAAUGGUCAGAGCAUUGCUUUUAGCUCAUACAUUUGGCGACGUGGCACAAUACCAAUAUGGUGGGGUGCAGAAUUGAAGAUGACCGCGGCAGAAGCAGAAAUCUAUGUGGCAGCUAGGGAUCCAUACAAAGGAAGCACAGAGUAUUACCAAAGGUUAAGCAAGCGAUAUGACACUAGAAAUCUAGAUGCACCAGUUGGGGAAAACCAGAAGAAAAAGGCUUUUGUUCCUAUUGUGUGUAUUAACUUGUUACGAAGUGGAGAAGGGAAAUCAGAAUCUAUCUUAGUUCAACAUUUUGAAGAGUCGAUGAACUUCAUCAAAUCCGGUGGAAAGCUUCCCUACACUCGUGUUCAUUUGAUAAAUUAUGAUUGGCAUGCUAGUGUGAAACUAAAGGGGGAGCAGCAAACAAUUGAAGGAUUAUGGAUGUAUCUAAAAUCUCCCACAAUGGCUAUAGGAAUCUCUGAGGGUGACUAUUUGCCUUCAAGGCAAAGAUUGAAAGAUUGCAGAGGUGAGGUGAUCUGUAUUGAUGACGUUGAAGGUGCCUUCUGUUUGAGAUCGCAUCAAAAUGGUGUGAUACGCUUUAACUGUGCUGAUUCUUUGGAUCGAACAAAUGCCGCUAGUUUCUUCGGUGGUCUUCAAGUGUUUGUAGAGCAAUGUAGAAGGCUGGGAAUAUCACUUGAUACUGAUAUUGGAUAUGGUUAUAAUUCUGUGAGUAGCCAUGGAGGAUAUAACGCUCCUCUUCCACCAGGAUGGGAGAAAAGAGCUGAUGCAGUCACUGGAAAAUCUUAUUUUAUAGAUCACAAUACUAAGACAACAACAUGGAGUCAUCCAUGUCCUGAUAAACCAUGGAAAAGACUUGACAUGAGGUUUGAUGAGUUUAAGAGAUCAACUAUCUUGUCCCCUGUGUCUGAGCUUGCAGAUCUUUUUCUGCAACAAGGUGAUAUCCAUGCGACUCUCUAUACUGGCUCAAAAGCUAUGCACAGCCAAGUUCUCAAUAUCUUCAGUGAAGAAUCAGGAGCGUUUAAACAGUUCUCUGCAGCACAGAAAAACAUGAAAAUUACGCUACAGAGAAGAUAUAAAAAUGCAAUGGUUGAUAGUACACGGCAAAAGCAGCUGGAGAUGUUUCUGGGAAUGAGGCUUUUCAAACAUCUUCCGUCAAUUCCUGUGCAGCCUUUACAUGUACUUUCUAGACCAGGUGGUUUCUUUCUGAAACCUGUACCUAGCAUGUCUGAAAGUCCCAAUGAUGGGUCCAGUCUGCUGAGUAUCCAGAGGAAAGACAUAACUUGGUUAUGUCCACAAGCUGCAGAUGCUGUUGAAUUAUUUAUCUACCUCAGUGAGCCUUGCCAUGUAUGUCAACUUCUACUGACAAUAUCACACGGUGCAGAUGAUUUGACAUGUCCAUCCACUGUGGACGUGAGAACUGGACGCCACAUAGAGGACCUUAAGUUAGUUGUUGAGGGUGCUUCGAUACCGCGGUGUGCGAAUGGUACAAAUCUUCUGAUACCCUUACCAGGGCCAAGUAGUUCUGAGGAUAUGGCAAUUACUGGAGCUGGUGCACGUCUUUAUGAAAAAGAUACGUCAAGUCUUUCACUGUUGUAUGAUUUUGAAGAACUAGAAGGACAAUUGGAUUUCUUGACCCGUGUAGUUGCGGUUACAUUUUAUCCAGCUGGUUCUCUUAAAAUCCCGAUGACUCUUGGUCAGAUAGAAGUCCUCGGAAUUUCUCUUCCAUGGAAAGGAAUGUUUACUAACGAACGAACUGGAGGCAGAUUGGCUGAGAUUGUAAGGAAGACAAAAGAAGAUGAAGUUCCUUUUUCAUCUUGUUCUGACUCGAAUCCUUUUGCUGCAAAAACUUUACAGACUGAAACUGUGGCCACACCAGUGCAAGAGAAUGAUCCGUUUCCUAGUAAUCUGCUUGACCUUUUGACAGGAGAGGUUUCUGUGUCUGACCCCUUCCCACAACCAGCGGUCGAAUGUGUUGCAAGUGGAGGAAAUGACAUGCUUGAUUUCUUAGACCAAGCAGUUGUUGAAUAUAGUGGCUCCGAAAAUGUUCCCGGCAUGUCGUCUUCACAAGAUAAAAGUCCUAGAGAGAGUGGUUCUCAUCUAUACUUAAAUUGUCUGAAGGCCCUUAUGGGUCCAAAUAUGGGAAGGAAGCUUGAGUUUAUAGAAGCUAUGAAGCUUGAAAUUGAACGGCUACGUCUAAAUAUUUCUGCAGCAGAAAGAGAUAGGGCAUUGUUAUCUAUUGGAAUUGAUCCUGCUACCAUUAAUCCAAACACUUCACACGACGAGUUAUAUAUUGCAAGAUUAUGCAGAAUAGCAAAUGCACUUGCAGUUCUGGGCCAGGCUUCUCUUGAAGAUAAAAUUAUAGCUUCUAUUGGUUUAGAGAAGGUGGAAAAUAAUGUGAUAGAUUUCUGGAACAUUUCCGGAAUUGGUGAGGGUUGUAAUGGUGGAGUGUGUCAAGUGAGAGCCGAGGUCAAUAAAAAUUCAGUUGGAUCUUCUACCAAGAGUUUGGGAGGAGAUUCAGGCUCAGUGUUCAUGUGUUUCCAAUGUAGGAAGAAGGCUUGCAAGUCUUGUUGUGCCGGAAGAGGAGCGAUUCUGCUUUCAAAAUCUUACUCCAGGGACAACGCUAAUGGAGGUGGAAGUCUUGCUGAUGUAUCUGCUACCUCAAUAGGUUCAGAUCAGUACAUGUGUAAAAACUGCUGCAACACGAUAGUACUUGAAGCCUUGAUUGUAGAUUAUGUUAGGGUCUUAGUCAGCUUGAGAAGAAGUAGCCGUGUUGAUGAUGCUAGUCGGGAAGCUCUGAAUGAGGUAUUUGGAUCUAACAUUACGAAUCAUCUUGCUGUUAGAGGUCAGCCUUCUCCUAAUCCAGAAGACUUACUUCGUCAAAUUCUUGGUCAAGAGGAAUCACUUGCUGAGUUCCCAUAUGCAAGCUUCUUACACAAGGUCGAAACUGGGACUGAUUCAGCACCAUUUUUGUCGUUACUCACCCCUCUGAAUCUUGCUUCAAGUAGUUCCUACUGGAAAGCUCCUCCGUCUUCAAGCUCUGUUGAAGCUGUCAUCAUACUCAAUAGCCUUUCAGAUGUCAACAGUGUGAUUCUUCUCGUUAGUCCAUGUGGUUACUCUGAUGCUGAUGCUCCUACCGUUCAAAUAUGGGCGAGCAACGACAUAAAUAAGGAAGCACGGACACUGAUGGGAAAAUGGGAUGUACAGUCCUUUGUUAGAUCUUCACCUGAGCUUUACGGUCCAGAAAAGUCUGGUAGAACACCUAGGCAUGUAAGAUUUGCUUUCAAGAAUACUAUUCGUUGCCGCAUUAUAUGGGUGACACUCCGUCUUCCUCGGCUUGGAUCUAGCUCAGUUAGUUUGGACAGAAACAUUAAUCUAUUGUCUUUGGAUGAGAACCCUUUUGCCCCACCAAUCCCUCGGCGUGCCUCUUUUGGAGCUACCAUUGAGAAUGAACCAUGUAUUCAUGCAAAACGCAUCUUGGUCACCGGAAACAGCAGGAGGGACAAAGCACUUGCGUCAUUACAAAGUGUUGACAGCAUGAGUGUAAGAAACUGGCUUGACAGACCCCCACGUUUGAAUAGAUUCCUGAUACCACUCGAGGCUGAGAGACCGAUGAGCAAUGAUCUAGUCCUGGAACUUUAUCUGCAACCUGGUUCACCUUUAGCUUCUGGAUUUCGUUUGGAUGCUUUUAACGCCAUAAAGCCUCGUGUUACCCACUCGCCUUCUUCAGAUAUAGUUGACAUUUGGGACCCUACGAGUAUCAUAAUGGAAGAUAGACACGUCUCUCCAGCCGUUUUGUAUAUACAAGUAUCUGUUCUUCAGGAUCAGUAUAAAAUGGUGACCAUAGCGGAAUACAGAUUGCCAGAGGCGAGAGUUGGAACACAGAUGUAUUUUGACUUCCCUAAGCAAGUUCAAGCACGCAGAGUAUCCUUUAAGCUGCUUGGAGAUGUUGCAGCUUUUGUAGAUGAUCCUGCAGAGACUGAUGAUUUGAGUGGUAGGGCUUCUCCUUUUGCUGCAGGGCUGUCUUUAGCAAACAGGAUCAAGCUGUAUUACUAUGCUGAUCCUUAUGAAGUAGGCAAAUGGGCUAGCCUCUCUGCUGUCUGAUUUUUACUCUUUUCAUUGGCUCAAUACACAGUUUUUGUGGUCUGACAUUUUUUUGUUUUCUUUUUUAUUCAUUUUCCUCGAAAAAUCAGCUUGUUGUUUGUAUGUUAUUUUUUUGUUUGGUGUUACAAGUAUUGAUUAACAUGUGAUUGUAUUUGUCCCAAAAGGAUAAACGAAGAAAAAACUGUUAUACUACGUAGAGUGGUU